AUGUGCAGUCAUUUAUCAAAAAUUAUAGAAUCUCUGUUUUAUUCAUCAAAAUUGAACAGUAAAAUUACUUUUUGUUGGAAAAACAGUUUAUAUUCGAACUAUAUAAAUUUAGAACAGAUUAGAUUCUACAGUAAAUCCACAGAUAAUAACACACAAAUUGUCUCAGAUACUGAACUAGACGAUUUUUGCAGCCUUUUGAAUCAAGAUAAACAGAAUUGGUGGUCACUUUAUGUAAGAGGAGAAGUGCCAGAUUAUGAACCGAGAAGGAAUAUGUUCCAUAAAUUGACAUCAGAAGGAAUCGAUGUAGAAUCUAUGGAACCGUAUGAAAUAGAAGAUUUCACACGUUGGCUAUUAAUGAGACAGAAUCACGGAGAAAAAUACCCAAAAAUUGAGGAAGAAAAUCCCGUUAAAAACAAGAAAAUGAUCAGGAAAAUUUACACAUCGUUUUAUAAAUUUAAUUUAAAAGGUUUAAAAUCGACAAGGAAGUUUGCAACAGAAUCGAAUGUAGUUAAACAUGAGGAAUUUUUAAAAAACUUUGAUACAGGUUUACAAAAGGAAGAUUCAGGAGAAGGAUCAAACGUUGUCAUAGAGUCUUAUAAUGACAACUAUAAAGGUUCGAAGGAGAGAUUCCAUAGUUUUCCACUGGCCGAAAAUGAUAUGUACUCUAAUAAGCCAGUAUGGAUGCAACUAAACGAAAUUGAGAAUGCAUACAAGUUAAAAUUCAAAUAUAAGUCAAGAGUCGAAGCACAAAAGAAAAUUUCAAAGGCAAAUAAAAGUAUUGAGACUUUAGGAGAGCUGGAAUCAAAUCCAUCUCGUCUGGUAGAAAUAGAUAGUUUUAGGACAAUCAAUUCAGAAGUAAAGGAAGAAACCAAAACAACAGAGGUUUCUAAAAGUUUGGAAACACCAUUUUCAACAAUUAGUGAUGGGACCCAUUUGAUUAAUGAUAUUGAUUUGGGAGGAGAUGCAUAUUAUGAAAAGGUUGACCUAAACAAUAAUCCUGGUUCUAUCAGAGCACCAGAUUCAAUUAAACCUCAGAACAUUUUAAAGGAAGAGAAGUCCCUCCUCACUGAAAUCUUUGGAGAUGGUGACGACAAUUACAUAGAUGCGACGAAACCAAGUGCAAUAAUAGAAUCUACGACGAACCUUGAGGCUGAAACAUGGCUAAACAUGGACCCUAACCAUAUUUUGAUACAACAAGACCUGCUCAAAUCGAAGAACACGACCCAAGUCCUAUCGAGUAUAGGAGAUAAACUUAAACAGAUGAAUGCAGUUAAUGUCUCAACUGCAAUUCAUCGCCUAGCAAAGUACACGAACCCAUACAAUAGAUACAUGGUGGUCAACCAUGAAUCUUUCGGGAAAUUAAUAGCAUUGGUUGAAGAUCACAUUCUAAAAUUUGAUCCCCAAGGAUUGACUAAUAUUUUUUGGUCAAUGAUCAAGCUGAAGAUAACACCCAAGUGGCUGGACUGUCUGUUGGAACAAAUUAACAUAAAUGCGAAUAGUUUAAAUUUGAGUGAGUUAUCAAACUGCCUUUUUUGUCUAUCUAAACUAACUAAAGCAAAUGAUUCAAGUCUGGAGCUUAGGUUUAAAAUACUUAGCCUAGUGCAGGAUAAAAUAAAACAGUUCAAGAGACCACUGGACCUCACAUGUGUAUCUACAGCACUAGCACGCUUAAAUGUUAGGAACCCAGUGAUCUUCGGACACAUUAGUAGUCAAGUGAUCUCGAGCUUGGAAGAGUUCAAAAUACAGGAGAUUUGUGGAAUAGCAUGGUCUUACGCCUCACUUGGCUUCACAGAUCACCUGCUAUUCAGGAAAAUCAGGGAAUUCAUAGAGUCAAAAGCAGACCCAAAUAACAUUGGGAACAUAGUUCACUUGGCCUGGGCAUUAUCGAAAAUAAAGGAAGCGGACCCUGAUUUUUUUCUGUACACCGUUUCACCACUAGUUAGAAGUCACCUCUCAAGUUUAAAUUGCAGACAAAUGACAACGAUAUCAUGGGCAUACGUAAACGCUGGAGUUGAAGACCAGGAUUUGUUCAACGACAUAGCUUCAACUCUAAUUCACCACGUGGACGAAAUGACGACCCACGACGUGGCCUCUUCAGUAGUAGCGUUUUCUCACAUCGAAGUCGACAAGUUGCUUUUGAAAAAAAUAAAAUCGAGAGCUGCCUUAAUGUUAAACGAGUUCACACCACUACAGCUUUCUAAGAUUGUUGCUGGGUUUGCAGGUUUAGCUGAUCAGCACUUUUAUAACCAAGUGGCAAAGGUAGUCGACUCUAAACUCCACCUAAUGUCGCCCGAAAACAUAGUUGAAAUACUAUUAGGAUUCACGAAUGCAAAUGUUCUUCCAAUACAACUCUUUACAAAACUACUAAACACAGUGUCGAAGAGUUGCAAGAAAAUGUACGCUGAGGAUUCCCUGCUUCUCUUGGACCUCCUGCGCACACUCCAAGGCUCUAAUAUUAGUCACCAGCUGUCUAAAUCCUUCAGCAAUUUGGCUCAAAACCUAAUAGAACAAAUUGACCAGAGAGUUUCAAGGUGGAAAUGCUUUGACGUAACUCAGAUAACUACGCUUUUCAACUGUUUGAAGUUGGGGGAUGGAACUGUGGACGUCAUGGGGACCAUAGUUAAGCAGCUUGCUUCUUGCCUUAAUAGAGUUUACAAGUCCGUUUUACCCCUAGAAAGAAAAAGAGAAAUAUUCUUAAACUUCCUAUUAUCAACCAACAACCUUCCGACCAACUCACUGAAUGUUCUGAAGACCAACUUUGCCAAAGAUCCAGAGCUUAUUAAGUCUUUCAACAACAUGAUGACUCUGGCCAAAGUUAACCCAGAUGAUUUGACUUAUAUUGAGGUGGCUGUAAAAAUGCUCCACUCGUGUACUGUCAUAGGGUUCUCAGAUCAUCUCACUAACUCUUUGUUUGAUGAAGUUAUGGAAUUCGAGCUUGAGUCUCCAAUUGAGGAUGUUGAGUUGGGUUCCAAAUUAAUUUGGAGUCUAGUGGAGUCAAAUUUACACGUGAAGUGGGCACUCGAGAAAAUUAAAUAUUUUUCAACAAACUACGUUUUCGAACCAAAUCUCAAGGAUCUAGAUUCUCUUGUUAGAUUAAUGUGGUCCUGCGCCGCUGUUUCAGAGGACUCUCUUCUGCUGGACUUAACAAGACACUUGAGUAUAUAUGAAAACCUCUUUCCUUCAGAAGUUUUCCUUUCUCAACAAACUGCUCUACAUAUCCUCAAAUGCAUGAAUAAUCCCAAUGUUAUAUUUAGUGAUGUUGAGUUGUUGGAGUCAGGCCAACCUCAAUUGGAUAAGGACAACCAGGAUUUGGGAAAUUCGUUUGGAGAACUUGAAAAGAAAAGCAUGGACAUAUUAAAGGAGUGGCUUGAGUACAAGAGGGAAGACCUUUACGUAAAGUCAAAAAAGAACAAAAAGUUGAGGACGCCGGAAAUGGACCACGACUCUUUCAUUUCAGAAUGUCUAAUUAGGGUAAUUUUAGCUAAAUAUAAUAUUGUUCAGAUGAAAAUUCCACACAAAACUCUCCAUGUUGUUGAGAACAUAUACAGAGUGAGCAUUUCAUUCCCUGUGGAGAAUCAACUGCUUGAUGUUGUUGGAUUCAUGGAUGUUUUGGUUCCUAGGGGACAGAUUAGAUCUUCUACUCUGCUCAGACAGAGGCAGUUACAGAUACUUGGAUAUGGUAUACACCCUCUCAGACUUUCAUCUCUUUAUGAGUCUAAUGGCGAAAAGGCAAAAAAUCUUAUCGCAGAGACUAUUUCAAGCUUUAACACCUUGGCCAAGGACCAUAUUUCCUUUACUAAAAUGGCCCCUUCGGCCUAA